GGAGAAUGGAGUAGCAGAGCAAUAGAGUGGGGAGAAAAUAUUAGUGAGGGGAGAGCUAGCAGUGACUUUCUUAAAGGAAACUCCAGGAGGGGGAAAUAAGGAGGAAUAAUGCACUAGAGGAAGGAGGCUGAUAGUCGUUACAGAGAGCCAGCAGCACCUAUAGCAAUUGACAUCCUGCUGCAGUGCCGCUACCUUCGCUGAUUGAUACGGUCAAUGGAGCUGGAAAAUAUUGUUGCCAAUACUGUCUUGCUGAAAGCCAGGGAAGGGGGUGGAGGAAAGCGCAAAGGCAAAAGCAAAAAGUGGAAGGAAAUCUUGAAAUUCCCUCACAUUAGCCUGUGUGAAGAUCUCCGAAGAACAAUAGAGAGAGAUUAUUACAGUUUAUGCGACAAGCAGCCAAUUGGAAGGCUUCUCUUUCGGCAGUUCUGUGAAACUCGACCGGAGCUUGAGUGUUGCAUUAGGUUCCUUGACUCGGUGGCAGAGUAUGAAAUUGCUCCAGAUGAAAAACUGGGAGAGAAAGGAAAGGAAAUCAUGAUGAAAUACCUCACCCCAGAGUCCCCAGUUUAUGUUGCAGAAGUCAGUGAAGAUCUUGUGCAGCAGACUGAGGAAAAACUCGAAAUCAGCCCCUGCAAAGAGCUGUUUUCUCACUGUGCAAAAUCUGUCCUUGACUACCUAAGUGGAGAGCCAUUUCAAGAAUACCUAAACAGCAUGUACUUUGAUAGGUUUCUGCAGUGGAAGUGGUUGGAAAGGCAACCAGUAACGAAAAACACAUUUAGGCAGUACAGGGUACUAGGAAAAGGUGGUUUUGGGGAGGUCUGUGCUUGCCAAGUCCGAGCAACAGGGAAAAUGUAUGCCUGCAAAAGAUUAGAGAAGAAGAGAAUAAAAAAGAGGAAAGGCGAAUCCAUGGCAUUAAAUGAAAAGCAGAUUUUAGAAAAAGUCAAUAGUCAAUUUGUAGUUAACUUAGCCUAUGCCUAUGAAACAAAGGAUGCACUGUGUUUAGUUCUGACUAUAAUGAAUGGGGGUGACUUGAAGUUCCACAUCUACAACAUGGGAAACCCAGGCUUUGAGGAGGAGAGAGCUUUGUUUUAUGCAGCAGAGAUUCUUUGUGGCUUGGAAGACCUGCAUAGAGAAAACACAGUAUACAGAGAUUUGAAGCCAGAAAAUAUCCUGUUAGAUGAUUAUGGCCAUAUUAGAAUAUCUGAUCUGGGUCUAGCUGUUAAAAUCCCGGAGGGUGACUCAAUUCGUGGAAGAGUAGGAACAGUAGGGUAUAUGGCUCCAGAAGUCUUGAACAAUCAGAGAUACACCCUCAGCCCUGACUACUGGGGGUUAGGUUGCCUCAUUUAUGAAAUGAUUGCUGGACAAUCACCAUUUCGUGGCAGGAAAGAGAAGGUAAAGAGAGAAGAGGUGGACAGGAGAGUCCUGGAGACAGAAGAGGUGUACUCCCAUAAAUUUUCUGAGGAGGCAAAGUCUGUCUGUAAAAUGCUACUAACCAAAGACGUGAAGCAGAGGCUUGGCUGUCAGGGGGAAGGUGCAGUGGAAGUGAAGAAGCACCCAUUCUUCAAGAGCAUGAACUUCAAACGAUUAGAGGCAGGAAUGUUGGACCCCCCCUUUGUCCCGGAUCCCAGAGCAGUGUACUGCAAGGAUGUGUUGGACAUCGAGCAAUUCUCCACAGUGAAAGGGGUUAAUCUGGACCAAACAGAUGAUGAUUUCUAUUCCAAGUUUUCCACAGGAUCCGUAUCUAUUCCAUGGCAGAAUGAGAUGAUAGAAACAGAGUGUUUUAAAGAGCUAAAUGUGUUUGGACCAAAUGGUACUAUUUCACCGGACCUAAACAAAAGCUACCCCCCAGAGCCACCCAAGAAAGGAUUACUACAUAGAAUAUUUAAACGUCAGCAUCAAAACAAUUCAAAGAGUUCACCGAAUUUAAAGGCGAGUUUAAAUCACCACAUAAAUUCAAACCAUGUAAGUUCAAACUCCACCGGAAGCAGCUAGUUCGAACUCAACUUUCAUGAAACAACGUGUUGCAUCCUUCCACUAUAAUCAAUGGAGCUUCUAAGGAUGAGAGCGCAUCCACCGUUGAGUUAAAAAAAAUAAAUGAUCUCCCAGCAGUGGAGAUAUUCUAUCCAUUCCUUCCAGUGGAGCCUCACAUUUUAUGAAGAAAUUUCCACUCAGGUCUGUUUUUGGAGGUGGCACUCAAGAUGGUGUGAAUCAGAUUUGUCUAUUUAGAACACUGCAAUAGAAAUUCAACGAACAUGACUACUUGCACGUAUUUAAAUAGCAUCAUACUAGAACUGAAUUUUGUCUUUAUUAUUUUUAAAGAAAAGUUUUGUAAAUUUCUCUAUUGUCUCAGUUUACAUUUUGUACAUUUGUAUUUAAAUGAAAGUCAGACUUUGGGGUGUAUAUUUUCUGAGCAGCAGUUGUAAAGCCAUGUGUUUUAAGACUUUUUUUUUUAAAAGAAAUGUGACUCAAGACUUCCAGAGCCUCAAAUGAGAAAUCAUUCUUUUUAGUAAGUGUAGAAAAUUAUUCAUAUUUCACUUUAUCAAGUUGGUUUUACUGACAUGCAUUUUUAUGGCACAGUUUAUUCUUAAUUAUUUUACAUCUGUAUAUUUGGCUUACAGCAACACUGCAUACAUUUUUCCUCUUUGUUGGUUUGUAAAGUCUUGUAUUAAAUGCUAUAAAACAUAGUCAAGACUUUGCCGCAUCUAAGAAUACUAUUUGCUAUGUCUGAGGUUUGUAAUGUCAUGGGACCAGCACUGUUAAGAUUUGCACUUAUUUUUGUUGUUAGAGCAUCACAAUAUUUAUUGUUUUUAAUGGAACCCUGUUUUAAGACCUCCUCCUCCUUUUCAAACUUUUUUUUUACUAUUGCUAAUGAGAGAAAGAACAAAUGUUAGCAAGGGGAGAUAAGAAAGACAAGUUGUCAUCAGUUCUUCAAAGACCUGAAAUCCUUCACCCAUAGAAAUUAACAGCAAAGCUCCCAUUGAUUUCAGUGAUACAGGAUCAGGCCACAAGUGAGAGGCUUUUAUGGCAGUUGCUUAUGUCACACAGCUACCAGGAGAUUGACUCAAUAGCCCUGUCUGUGCUGGCCAGGGAAGCUAUAGGGGACAGAACCAAGCCAGGAAGGUUCGGCUCUGGAUCUCAACUUUUCUACAUCCAUUAUAUCCAUUCUGGCCCAUGUCUACUUUCAAGUGAGCUGUUCUAGAGCCCUUGGGCUGCAUGGCUUCUUUUCUGGCCCCCUGAACCAGUGAUGAAAUAGCUGUUCCAGUACAGUUAGCUGAUUUCAGUGCCCAUUGUAAAACAGUAUAGUUUGCCUUUUUUGAUUUCACAAUGCUUCAUCUCAAGUACCCCAUAGCAUUGUUUUAAACAAUCGUCCCACUGGUAUAGAUGGGCUCAGUCAGGUUCAAUAUCCAUACUAUGAACCAGUUAA